GCAGCGUAGGUGCAAAGGAUUAUGUUCAGUUCAGCUCGCCAAACCUCGUUUUUACAGCCCAGCCCGCCCCCAAUGCUUUUCGAGGCGUAGGAAACUGGAAAGCACCGCUUAGAGUUGGAGGGCCCCGACGACAAUGAAGUGCAGCACGCUUCAGGCUCUACUUCGUCUUCGCGGAACUGGCGGCUCGCUUUCAUCUCCCUCCCCAUACUUGUCUUCUGUAAAAAGGCUUUCUUUCUUAGCCUCCUUUCCUUCCCAGACACAAUUCCUCCCAAACCCUUGUCAUUCUCGUUUGCUUCGCUUCCCUCUCAAACCCAACUCCUACGUCCUUUCUUCUUCUUUUGUUGUUACUCUUCGGUUUGCGAGCACUGCCAGCUCCUCUUCCUCGGAAGAAGAUAUUGAGUUCGAUGCUAACGAAGAAGAAGACUUAUUUCAAUGUGAGACAAAUGAAGAGGGGGAAUCCACAGAUGGAUGGGAAGAGGAGGAGGAGGCUGAACCUGAGAUUGGUGAUGGAGGUGAUGGUGGUGGUGUUGUGUUGCAAGAUGUCCCGUGGGGUGAGGGGGCUCUCUCGAUUGCCCUUGACGUCUUGUUGCAGUUUGGCGAUGACAUGAAACUCUAUGCUUUCAAGACAACUCCUCGCGGAUAUGUUUAUGUGAGACUGGAUAAACUUUCAAAUGAAUAUGGUUGUCCCAGCAUGGAGGAGCUUGAAAGCUACAGUCAAGAAUUCAAGAAAAGAUUGGAUGAAGUUGGAGAAAUUGGAAAAGUACCUGAUAAUUUGGCACUAGAGGUUUCAUCUCCAGGGGCAGAGAGGUUGCUAAAGGUACCAGAUGAUUUAGAUCGGUUUAAGGACAUGCCUAUGAGAGUGUGCUAUGUCAAUGUGGAGUCUAAAGGUCUCGAUAAGGAUGGAAUCUUUGUGCUGGAUUCCAUAGAAACGGAAUCAGAGAGUUGUGUGUGGAAGUUGGCUAAUGUGAAGGAAAACAGGGAUCCUCAAAGCAAAGGUAGACCUUUUAGCCGGAAACAGAAGGAUUGGAGAUUAAAAGUUCCAUUUGAAAUGCAUAAAAAGGUAUUCCUGUACCUCGAAUACUGAAUCUUACUCGUGAGAUUGUAUUGAAGAACAUGAGAUGAUAAAGUUUUGCCUUGUUUUGGAUGAAAUGAUCCAGUACAAAAUGUAACUUUCGUGUGGCAUUCCUGGUGUCUCGCUCCAGGUUGGUUUUUAUAUUUUUUUCCAAUCAUUUUUGGGUAAAUGGUAAUGUUACUGGAAUUAUGUUGUCA